AUCUGAUUUAAAACUGGAACGACUGGGCUUGAUAGGAAACCAGUUCAACAUCCAACAUGGCUGCUUUCGGCGUGAAACAAGUUUUGUCACUGACUAUUUUGUUGAUUUUGAUCGUUCAAACAUUAGGAGGGAGGGAUUUUUACAAGAUCCUUGGGGUCUCAAAAAGUGCUACAACUAACCAGAUAAAGAAAGCCUACAGAAAAAUGGCUAAAGAACUACAUCCUGACAAAAGGCGAGACGAUGAUGAAGAAGCUAACGAACAAUUCCAGGACCUUGGAGCUGCUUAUGAGGUUUUAUCUGAUGCAGAAAAGAGAAAGAUUUAUGACAAGCAUGGAGAAGAAGGCUUAAAAAAAGGAGACAUGAGUGGUGAUCCUUUCUCUAGUUUUUUCGGUGGUUUUGAUUUUGGUUUUGGAUUUGGAGGCCAGGAAAAAGACAGAGAGAUUCCAAAAGGUGGAGAUGUUACUAUGAACCUAGAUGUCACUUUAGAAGAAUUAUACAAUGGAAAUUUUAUUGAAAUUAUAAGGUAUAAACCAGUAGCUAAACCAGCCAAGGGAACCAGAAAAUGUAAUUGUAGAACAGAAAUGGUAACCCAGUCAUUAGGUCCUGGUCGAUUCCAGAUGACACAACAGCAGGUCUGUGAUGACUGUCCUAAUGUCAAAAUGGUACCAGAAGAGAAAGUAUUAGAGGUAGAAAUAGAACCUGGAAUGAGAGACGGACAAGAAUAUCCAUUUGUAGCUGAAGGUGAGCCACAUAUAGACGGGGAACCUGGAGAUUUAAGAUUUAAAAUCAAACAAAUUAAACAUAGACAAUUUGAGAGAAGGGGAGACGACUUGUUUACAAAUGUAACUGUAUCACUAGCUGAUGCACUGACAGGUUUUGAAAUGGAAAUAAAACAUUUAGAUAAUCAUAUGGUAAAUAUAAAGAGAGAUAAAAUAACUUGGCCAGGAGCCAGGAUGAGAAAAUCACACGAGGGGAUGCCUAAUUAUGAAAAUAACAACGUAAAAGGAUCCUUAUUUGUGACUUUUGAUAUUGAUUUUCCUAAGGGAACACUUACUAAUGAACAAAUAGAAGGUAUCAAAACUAUAUUAAACCAAGAUACAGUUAAGACAGUUUAUAAUGGGUUACAGAUGGAUCAUUUCUCGUGAUGAAUGAUAUAAUUAGGACGAUGUGCUGUGUGACUGAGGGAUGUAUAACUGAUUCUUUGGGAGUAUGGAUGAGAGCUUGAUAAAAAACUAUUUUCAUAUCAUUGGAGUUUACUACGACUGACAUAAACUUUGUGCCAGUUGACCUGAUUAUAUAUGAAAGACAGACACUUCUGGUCUUGAUGGUUGAAAUCUUUGGUUUUUUUUACAAUUAAAAAAUACACGGAAUUGUUAUUUUUCAUGUUUUGUUAUGUUUGACAAAUUUGAAAUUUGUGAUAAACAUACAUAUUAAACUUAAGUUGAAGUUCUAUUUUUCCUAUAUGGAGAUUUUCUUAAUUUCUUACAUUUUGUAUCAAAAUACAUGAUUAUUGUAUAUUGUAAACCAACUUUUUUUAGGGGAAAGUAUAUUUCUAUUUUCUAGAUUUUUCUAGAUUUUCAAAAUUUUGUUGUUAUCUUUUCACAAUGGAAGACAUACAUUGAUUGUAUUUAAAACAAUUUAUAUAGAUGUUGUUUUCCUAUAAGCAAAAGUUGCAAAAUUAAAUCCCUUACAAAAAUCAGUUAGUUUACAGUAGUUGAUUUUCCUUUGAACUUCAACUUGAGAUUGAGUAUUUUUGAGGUGAGUGAGGAAAUAAAAGUGGGUUUGUUAAGUUUUUAUUAUCAAGCUCAUGAGUGCAUGGUCCUUUGUUUUUUUACUAAGAAAUCUCUUCUUCGGCAUACCUUGUGUAUUUUGUCUUGAUCGAAGUGAAAAUGUAUUGUCAUUUUAAAAGGGGCAAUAACUUGAUUUACAUUUAAAUAAAAAUACUGAAAAUUUAGAAAUUAUUGCACGACUUUUUUGUUGGUUAAAUAGUUAUUUUAUACAAUUUUAGAAAAAAAUGCUUACAAAAAAUGCAGAAAAUAAUUUAAUUCCAUGUUUUUGUUAUUGCGAAACUGUCCCAUUGAAAACUUUGCAAUAAUAAAAACUUCACACAAAUAGUUCAGAAUUUACAGUAUACUUCCCUGUAUCCCUGCUAAUAUUAGAUGUGCACAUCAAAUCACAAAGUAUGAUAUUCAUCACAUAAACAAAAUAUCUGCAGUUUUAUUGGGUGACUAAUUAUGUUUUAAUAAUGAAUUUUGAGUUGUGGAUUUGAUUACACUGACGCAUUUAAUGGUAUAUUAUGGUACUGAAUAUUGUUGCUGUAAAUAUUAAAAUGCUUGUUUCCCCCUUUUGUAAAGCCCAGGCAAACAAAUUUGAUAUAAAACUGUUCAUAUUGUUUAUGGUAUAACUGGUUUUGGAGGAAAAUGCUAUUGAAUAACUGUCUCUUGCAAUUAUGACAUAUGUUGGUAAGAUUUUAUUUUCAUGGGUGGUUUUGACAGUCUGCAAACAAGCCUAUUUACAUUUUAUGCUUUGUUAAACGUUCAACAAUACCCAGGUUAUCCAACAAAAUUGGUAUCAAAUGAAUAAUUAUGAAUCAAUAGUAAUUUUAUUGGAGUUUGGAUGUAAAGAUACGAAAAUGUUUCGGUUUUUUUUUAGACUGAAGAUAAAAAAAAAAAAUUUCCUCCUGAUUUAAAGAUGCGAAAAUAGGUUGUUUUCUAGACUGAAAGAUUGAACAUGUAUUACAAAAGCAAUUGAAGCUUAGAUUUUCAGAGCAUUGUUUAUGUUUUUUUAAUUGUUUAUUAUGACCUCUUGGGUUUUUUUUAACUGAAAGACAAAUCGUAAAUUGUUUUUAUGUAUGUCUAACUAGUGGACAGACUUUCAUAUUUGUUUUCUGUAAUUCUUAGUCGAUUUAUAAUUUUCCUGACCACUCGAUUAUCUUUUUAUAAUAAACGCUUAGUUCUUUGAUCUGAGUUCUUCAUUGGUUAUAUUUUUGCAAAACCUCAGAGUACUAGUGAAAAUGCGUAAUCUAAUUAAGAGAUUGCAAAAAAUUUGUGAAGGAAAUUAGCUACUUAAAUUAUGAAUUUGAGCUUAAUCUUUUAUAAGUGAGCACAAAAGUGUUGCAUUAUUACCAUUAGUAAAAGCUUUGAAACAAUUUCUUAAUUUACAGUACAUGUAUAAGGUUCUGAGAGAAUUCUUUUUAAAAAUUGUGCAAUUGAUUUUCAGUGAGAAUAUAGAACAAUAUUACGUGCAAGGCCAUAUGAGAAAUAUUUUUAUUAGUAAUAUUUCUCAAAUGAUCUCACAUGUUUUAGUAUACUGUAUUUUAGUAUAAUAUAGUGUUAAUUUAUUGAUGAAGAUUCACAAUAAAAUCAACUAAUAACCUUUAUUUGUGAUAAAAAUUCUGAUCUUUGAACCUGUGACCUACCUUGGAAAAUUUACCAAAUAAUGCAUCAAAUAUCUUAUUUUGAGAAUAAAUUAAAAUCGAAUUACUGGAUUUUAGAUUUUGUGCUGUUUUUAUGUUAUACAAAAUUUCAUUUUUGGGGAAAUUCAUGUAUUGUUACUAAUAUGUACAUCAUGCACUGCAUUUAAAAAUAUCAUUGACAGUUCAUUUUCUGAGAAAAUAUCAAUGAAUUGUACUUUUCAUGACUUAUGGGGAGGCAGUGAUGGAGUUAUCUAAUUAGUAAGUAGUCCAUUUUGUACUUUGUAAUUCGUCUUUUCAGAAUCUAAAGGACUAUGGGUAAUAUUAUUGUUCGUACACCAAAAUGAAAAUAACGUUACAUCAUUGGUUGAAUUUCCAUUGUUUAGAUCGUUUUAAACCAAUCACAAUGUUAUGGGGUACAUUUUUGAAAAUAUUACCCAGAAUGCAUUAGAUUCUGAAUAGGUGAAUUGACAGAUAUUCGAAUAACCUUGAUUUUACAGGUCUCUCACCAGCAAAUAGUAGAAACUUUAUCAAUCGUGUGGUGAGAGUGCAAUCUAGCUAAUGUGAAUUAAAUAUUAUUGGCUGGGUUCCAAUUAUCAAGGAUUUUGUAAAUAAAAGACAAUUCUGAAUAUUCAAAGUUCAACAAGGUAUAAAUUUCCUAUAUGCUUGACUUGAAAUUUCCAUAAAAUUACGAAAAUACAAUACGUUGU